AUGUCCUCUGUCUCGUCGCUGCCCUAUGAAGAGGCAACCAGGGGUAUCCCUCAACGGCUCACGACUUCGCGCCCGGGCUCCAGUCACCAUCGCCCUAACUCCCCCGGCCUUUCCCGUCCUCCGUCGUCGUCAAACAAGUAUGCCCCGCCUUACGAACAUUCGGACCGCCCAUCCACGUUCCCUCACCCCAUCGACGACGGUAGUAUGCCUCGAGUUCGAAGCAUGAUUCAGCUUCCCUCUGCUGACUACAACUUUGGGGGUGGCAUCUCUCAACUGGAGUUCGCAUACUCGGCGGGGACUGGUAGUGCGGCAUCCAUUGAUUCAUUGGAUGCACGUGGUGGAUGGGGACAGCACCAUUCUGUCCGCCCUUCGACCAGCACCUCAUCGAUCUCGGCUGCAUCACAUACCUCCUCAUCGCAGGCGAACACGCCCCCCUUGGAGACGGUCUCUCCCGACUUCGGCUUUGUGCCCAUGAACGAGCAUAUGCCUCCCCAGUACACCAAAGCGGCCAGCGAGCUGUAG